AUGUUCCGACUUGCGGCUGGAAGCCUGCUUUGCAUUGCUGCUUGCGAAGCACCCGCAUGGGAAUGCGCUGUCGAAGCCGUGGGCGCUGGUGAUAAUAUGCUCGGGGAGCUUGACUACAUGUUGGAGGCUCUGGAGGCAGCAUACGAUUUGCAAGCUAUGAAUGCUUCGUGGAUGUCUCUUGACGGUGUGGAAGUGGCCAGACAACACGUCCAACGUGCGAAGACGUCCAGCAGAGUUGAGCUCACAGAAGACACAUACUUGUAUGGCGAGAUUCAUCCUAAUUCUACGGCCGCCAUGCUGCAGUGCUUGGGAGUUAAACGUGGCGACCGCUACUAUGACCUGGGAAGUGGCACCGGCAAGACAGUGCUGGCCGCUGCGCUUCUCGGUUUGAAUGCAACUGGCGUGGAGGUGGUGGAAAGUAGGUCCUUGGGUGCGGAGCUGGCGGCAAGGAAUCUCCAGCAGCUUGGGAAUGAGGAUAUGAUCUCUCCCAGGUUCAUUCAUGGCAGUCUGCUGGAUGUUGACUUCUCCGAUGCAGACGUCAUCUUCGCGAACUCAGUGUUGUUCCCUGAGGAGUUGAUGGAAGGUUUCUCUCGUAUCGCUGAAUCUUUGAGGCCAGGGUCCUGGGUCGUGUCUUAUUGGAGCUUGUUGGGGCCAUGUUUCCGAAGCAUGGGAGAGUUCUCUGGCUCUGUCACUUGGCAGAGAGAAGGGCUCUUCACCUGGAAGGUCCAACAGGCAGUGUGUGGGAGUGCCAGCGGAAGAGAGGAGCUGUAA